GGUUCAAAAUGGAAGCUCUCUGCCUCAAGUACUUACACCUUGGACCCCUGCAAGAGAGCAGCCUCGGAGAGUCAGAGGACGCGAUCGCAUCCAUGGGCUCCUGCCAGCUUCUCACAUCUUUGGUCCUCUCCAUGUGCUGUCAUGUGCUGUCCACUACCGCAUGGUCUGUGAAUAACUUUCUGAUGACAGGACCUAAGGCAUAUCUUACUUAUUCGAGCAGUGUUCAAGCGGGCGCGCAGCGAGGCAUCGAGGAGUGCAAACAUCAGUUUGCAUGGGACAGGUGGAACUGUCCAGAGAGCGAGCUGCAGUUAUCAACACAUAAAGGACUUCGGAGUGCUACCAAAGAGACCGCUUUCUUGCACGCCAUUAGUGCGGCUGGAGUGAUGUAUACACUGACCAAGAACUGCAGCAUGGGAGACUUCGAUAACUGCGGCUGCGACGACUCGAAGGCUGGGAAAAUGGGAGGUCGAGGUUGGAUUUGGGGCGGAUGCAGUGACAAUGUUAACUUUGGGGAAAACAUUUCCAAGCAGUUCGUGGACGCCCUGGAAAAUGGCCACGAUUCACGAGCUGCUGUGAACUUGCACAACAACGAGGCGGGGAGACUUGCCAUCAAGGCCACGAUGAAGAGGUCCUGCAAGUGCCACGGCGUGUCCGGCAGCUGCAGCAUUCAGACCUGCUGGAUGCAGCUCUCUGACUUCAGGGACGUGGGCAACUAUCUGAAGAUCAAGUACGAUCAUGCACAGAAGCUGGAGAUGGACAAGAGGAGGAUGAGAGCGGGCAACAGCGCGGACAACCGCGGCGCCAUCGCGCACACUUUCAGCAGCAUUGCGCCCGCGGAGCUCGUCCACUUAGAAGACUCUCCCAACUACUGUGUGAGGAACCUGAGCCUGGGGCUGCACGGCACGGAGGGCAGAGAGUGUCUGCAGGGCGGAAAGAACCUGUCGCAGUGGGAGAAGCGGAGCUGCAGGAGGCUGUGCCACGAAUGCGGCCUUAAAGUGGAGGAGAGGAGAAUCGAGACGGUCAGCAGCUGCAACUGCAAGUUCCACUGGUGCUGCACGGUGAAGUGCGAGAAAUGCACGCAAGUCGUGACCAAAUACUUUUGCACAAAAAAGAACAAAAGCAGUCGGCCACAAAGUUCGCGAAGGAGACAUCGCGUGCGCAACCGUUAGCCCCCCCCCCCCCACACCAUGCUAAAUUAUAAAACUGUAUAUUUGUAAAUAUAUUUUAUUGACGAUAUUAUUUUAACACGAGACUGACAUCGGGAGAAGUGACCACCCUCUAGCGCAGACAAGCCUUUCCACUGUCAGUUGGGUAGAAUCAUUUCCAGUACUUAUGUUCUAUUCCUGCACUUUUUUUGUUCUGAUUUUUAGAUCACAUAAUUCGUUGCUAAACCUUUAAACUUUUAUAAAACAUUGUUAAUUCACCAAAAACACGAUCUUGUUUUUCCUGACACAGCUUGACAGUGUUUAUUUCACACGGGCUAAAAGGUUUACACUGUUUAUGAGACUCUUUUUUUUAUCUGUGUUCAUUGAUAUUUUGUACUCAGAAAACAUUAAAUAUUUCUGCUAU